AUGGUCAAAUCUCCAGUGCAAAGACGCACUUCAUCAGGUGGAUCAAUUAGAUUAAAGCGGCGCAAUUCCAAUAGCCGCCAUAACCACAGCACACCAGUAGCCGCAGCCAGUCAACUCAAUCGCAAGAGGCAGCGCGCCGCCACAUCCAUCCGCACAAGCGGCAAGAACAUCAACAGCAACAACAGCAACAAGAAUCAUAAUAAUAAGAAGAAGAAACAUACAGAGAAGUCCUAUCGAUUCACAAAGGACACGACUACAAGACGACGUCUCACACUGAGACAACUAUUGGCAAAGUUGGGAUUGUUCAACAGCAACAGGAGCGGCAGCAACAGUAUUAACAUGGCAGCAGCGGCGGCAGCAGCGGCGGCCACCGCACCCGAGUACAAAAGUGGAUAUCUCUACAAACUGGUCGGAGUUGGCAUCUUCAAGUAUCGCAGAAAGUACUGGUUCAUCCUCACUCGCACUCAUCUCCUCUAUUACAGUUCACAAGAGAAGCAGAAGACGACACCAGUGGACUGCAUUGCACUUUCAUCGAUUCGUGGCAUUAGACUGAUGCAGAAGGAGCGAGAGUCGAUACAAACUACAUAUGGAUUCAUUGUGGAACAUUCAUUGCCAGGCUCAUCACAUAUGUCUAGGUUGGUGCUGCAGACGGCACCAAUUUCGACCCUGGCCGACUGGGUCGUCAAGCUGGACGGCCUCGCCAACACAGAUUUUGGCUCAUUCCUCAGUGGACCAGAGCGCAAGCUAUUGCUCAAGAUACUGUACAAGAAUAACAUCAAGGGCGGCGUGAUCAAGUCGUCGCACGACGACGAGGAGUGGUCCUACUCGUCGAUCGGCUCGCUAUCCACACUGGAGGGCACGUACAACGGCCCGCAGAUCGACUACCACUGGGACGGCGAGUGGCUGCGCAGCAGCGCCAACUCACAGAUGUUUGGUGCCGGCCGCUUCAACGGCGUUUACCUGGCGUGGUACCUAGCCGGCGUCGAUGGCAAGGACCCCACCGGCAGCACUGUCACCCAGGCGCCCGACAUCACCUACUUCUGGGACGAGCGCGAGAAGGAGUACGUGUCCGAUCGUAAAGAGCUUACCUUCAAAUGGUCACGACACUUCUUGGCGUCCAAGUAUGGCACAGGUGAGUGGAUCGUCGAGGGCCACGUGCCACAGCCCGUCGUCAUGUUCCUCCAGCUGAUCAAGUACAGGCUGAAAGGUGGCGAUGUUGCCAACAACCCGUUCGCAGAGGCCGAGCAGAUGCUCAAGGAGACUGGUCCCAGCCUGCGGCUGUCCAUCCCAAUCAACGAAAAGGUGGCGGGCACUGUCAACCUCACGCCCUUCACCAAGGGCCAAGCACUGAUCAACUACACCAAUGUGCUGUUCACAGGACAGCCUGGCUCGACCAGCAAUGGCUCGCCAAAGGAUGCCUGCGAGGAGAUCCUAUUGCUGACGGGCACAAGCACAAGCUCAAGCCUCACCGAUCAAUCGUUGGCCGGCACUCCACAGCAUCAGUCGCGACUGGAUGGCGCAUCAACACAUCAUCACAGCAGAUACCUCAGCGUCAACAUAUCAAACACAUCUCAGGUUGCUGCUGCAUCGACAUCGACCAACACCACACCAGAGACAAUGGAGUCACCAAUCAUCGAGCAUGUUCAAGUCACUCGCCCACCAGCCAACCAACAGCAUCAGAAGCUUGAAUGUCUGGACAGCGAGCGCGUCAGUGCGGACAGACAGAUAGUCAAGGAGAUCGAAGAGCUGGAGAUGAUUGAACGCGUCUUUGUCACAAAGGAACUCGUUGUAGUCGAUCAGGCAGAGUUGGAGUUUGGAGCAAGACGCGAGGAUGAUGAUCCCCAGCUACAAGAGUGCUUAGCCGACGACACCUCAUCAAGCAGUGGCUACGACGAUGACAGUGACCUCGAUGACAACUCAUCAUCGUCCACAGAGCUUCGUGUCAUUCAUCGUCCUCAACAACAUGUUGUUGCGGCAGCAGCCGUGCCCAAGCUGGACAUGGACGUGUCUCCCCCACGCUCGCCAGUGCUCAACGUCUUGCAAGAGGCCUUGUCGCCACGUCUAACCUUCCACAGUGUUCCUCUGGGCUCUGUGAAAGGUCCAAGCGUGGACGAGCAGCGCGUACCAACCAACAGCAACAAGCAGAUGGCCGAUGGACAACAACGCAAGCCCAAGUCCACCGCCACAUCCGCGCCACUCAGACAAUCAUUCUGUCUUACAUGCAGCAAGGCAAUCAAUGGUCACAUGAUCGUUGCGCUUGGCAACAGCUUCCAUCGCGACUGCUUCAAGUGCACCAAGUGUCACAAAGAGCUUGGCACCAAGACAUUCUACCGCCAAGGACUGCUACAGGCAGGUUCCGAGGAUGAUGGCGCAGACCAACAUCAACACCAACAUCAACAAGAUCAACAACAAGGCACGAUGCCAAAGUACUUGUGCGAGUGCUGCUUCAACGAAGCGUGUCCAGUAUGUCCAAAGUGCAAUGCCAAUGUCAUGUACAGAUGUGUGAAUGCCUUGGGCAAGAAGUGGCACAUCGAUCACUUUUGCUGCACGGCAUGCGCACAGCCACUGGUUGGCAAUUGCUUCUUCGAGGUUGAUGGCAAGCCCUAUUGCCAAUCCGACUAUACCCUUCUAUUUAAGAAACAAUCAUCAUCAACAUUAUGUACAAUUCCAGUUCCAGUUCCCGCUACAACAGCAUGUUCCAGUUAA